UCUCUCUGCGCUUCACCAUCUCUCUCUAUCUCUCUCUCUCUCUCUCUCUCUCUCUCUGUUUAUCACUUUUGAAUGAGGCCAAGCACCCACCAUUGAAAAGAUAGAAGAAAAUGGAGGAAAAUGUUUUUUUUUUUAGUUGGGUAUUUUUGAAAGACGGGUGUAGUGUACAUGUACAAUACAAUGCAUAAGAACAAACAAAAAGGUCACAAAGAACAGAUAAACCACCACCAUCCCAUGACUAAACAACUGUGAUGGAGUACUAGAGAGAGAAAGACUACCUCGAGAGGGAGAGAGAGAGAGAGAGGGAGAGCGCAUGUAAUAAUCCAUUUGCAGAGGAAGUUGCUCUUGCUCGCUCAAACCCUUUGAAUGCAUAGAAGAACACCGGCGAGAAGAGCUCGGGUUUCUCUCUGUUGACGCCAUUUUUUUUUCUGUUGCUUUCUCGCUCUGCGAGCAAAGCGAGGGAAAUGGGUGCAUUUUAUUCGGACCCAGCUCACCGAACUGGACAUGGGUUUUGCGGUGGCCUCCGCCGCGGGUGCUUCCGGAACUAGCCUGCAUUGUCGGCCUCCACAAUGGGGAAGAGCGCCGAGGAAGAGCAGCAAGUGGCCGCGACGGUGGUCUCGAUCACUUCCGAGCGGAAUGCGGAGCGAUGGCGCUGUGGAUGCGGUGGGAUUUCGAAGCGCGUCGGGGUCAGAUGCGUGGCGGUGUUAGUGUUUUCCAUGGCCGUGUUCUUGUCGGCCGUGUUUUGGUUGCCUCCGUUCUUGCGGUUCGCAGAUCGGGGAGAUCUGGAUCUGGAUCCGAGGUUUAGAGGUCAUGAUAUAGUAGCUACCUUUAAUGUUGAGAAGCCGGUUCUUCUACUUCAAGACAAUGUCUUGCAGCUCGAAGAUGACAUUUUUGCAGAGAUCAAUCUUGCGACUAUCAGAGUAGUUAUCUUAUCGGUGGAGCCUUUAGCUGGAACAAAUUCAGCAAAGGUCGUGUUUGCUAUUGAUCCGGAUGCCAAAAAUUCAAAAAUAUCCACUGCUACAGAAAGUUUGAUAAGGGAGUCCUUUGAAUCUCUGGUUACACGCCUAAUAUCUCUCCGUUUGACUGCAUCCUUAUUUGGCGACCCAUUCUCGUUUGAGGUGCUAAAGUUCCCCGGAGGAAUUACCAUCAUCCCUCUUCAGAGUGCAUUUCUUCUGCAGAAAGUGCAGAUCUACUUCAACUUUACCUUAAACUACUCUAUAGAGCAAAUACAAGCGAAUUUUGAUGAUCUCAGAAGCCAGUUGAGAUCAGGAUUGCAUCUCUCGUCCUAUGAGAACUUGUACAUUAGCUUAUCGAAUAUGAGAGGUUCAACAGUGGAUCCUCCGACGAUAGUUCAGUCAUCCGUUUUGCUGGCAAUUGGAAGCAUGCCGAUACCGAGGUUGAAGCAACUGGCACAGACAAUCACGGGUUCUCACUCAAGAAAUCUCGGCCUUAACAAUACAAUAUUUGGCAAGGUCAAGCAAGUCCGGCUUUCAUCGAUAUUGCAGCACUCUCUCAAUGGUGGCGACGGAGGUGGACCAUCAUUUCCACCUUCUCCAGCUCCUCUUCCCGAGCCCCACCAUGCACACCAUCACCAUCACCACCAUCACCACUCUCACCACCAUCACUUCCAUAAUGAGCAUCAGCCCCCUAUGAUUUCACCAGCGCCUGCCACUCAUGGUAGCGCGCAUUCACCAAGAGCCGUUUCACCUGCCCACAGAAAAAUCUCACCUGUCCACAGCAAAAGCUCUCCGUCAUCUGCACCUGAGCCAAGUUAUGAGGCAAGGCCUCCUGGCUGUAGUUUCGGCCAUAAAGGGAAGUCUUCAGGGAACAUUGGAAAGCAGUCUCAUAUAGCUCCGGUUCCUGCACCAGCACAGGCUCCUCGACAUUCUGUGGUUUCUCCAUCCCCACAAGCGCAUCAAGUGGCUUCUCAUCCGCGUGUGGUUCCUGUGUCUAGCCCCUUACCACAUGUCGUCUAUACUCAUGUUCAACCUCCAUCGGCGACCAAAAGUCAUACAGAUAACCCUGUGCAAACGCCGCCAGUUGCUCCAUCACUGAAUUCAUCUUCUGCAGGUCUUCUUCCCACAGCACGAUGGGCAUUCAUGGUGAUCUUCGCAAUCAUAUUACAGUUAUGAGGUCAUGGACGAAGCUAUCGUAUUUUGACCAGUUGAAACGACAGUCUCUGGAACUUGUGAAGGCCUUGAAUGAUCAACCUAUACCGAGUAGAAGGAACCAGAGGAGCUUUACAGGUGAGAGUGGCCGCAAAAAGGGGCGGUCCUGCUCACACCUGUAUGGGUGGAUAUAUGUAGGUUUUGGGCGCGCACAUGUGUGUAUAUAUGUUAAUCGAAACCCGGCUGGCAGAUGCACCAUCAGGUCAAAGUCACAGAGGUGGCAGGCCAUUGGUUCACAUUGCAUCUCCGCCGCUGUGUAUUCUCUUCUGCGGCAAAUGUAAACGGUAAGGAAAAAGGAAAAAAAAAAGACAGAACAAACGAACUGCAUAGAACUUUCUGUUUUUCGUUUACAAUCUAAUUUUCGAGUACGUUGAGUACUAUUUUUCGA